AUUAAAAGAUGUACAAUAAUGUUAUACUUUGAUGAGAGAUAUUGAAAUGUGAUCUAAGAUCAGGAAUCAAUUUCAGAGUAUUACAAUAAAUAUAUAUUUCAACAAAAUAUAAUGAAUAUAUAAGAGAUAUUGACAGCAAUAGUUUAUUAUCAAAAAUGCAUAAAAAUAUUCUAGAAGAUAUAUCAUAUGACAAGUUAAAAAAUUUGUCUGUUGAAAAUUCUUCAAUAACAUUUAUUAAUUCAAUUAUCUAUUAUUCUGAAGCAUAUGGAGAGAAAUUUCUAUCGGUUGGUCAUGAACAAAAACAGCAAAUUAUUGAUAGCAAUUGGGGAGGAUAUGCCUUGGACCAAGAUUUAUGGGAAGAUUCCAAAUCACCCGUAGUGCAAAUAAAAUCCAGCGAAAUAUCAUUUGAUAAUAAGGAACGCUAUGGUAUUUUAUCUGACAGAAUGAUAAGUCUUGGUUCGUCUUUUUUAACAAAAUCACCUGAGAAUGGCCUCUACGUUCUUAGUAAAUGUGUUCUAAAAGAUAAGGACGCAUACAGUUUACGCUUCAUAGAUUUGAAAUUUAAUAAAAUAACCGAUCUAUUGGAAGUAUUGAAAUUGAAGGGCUCAAUAUUUGAAGUAGAUUUUAAAGGUAACACCUGCACAAAAUGGCCUAAUUAUCGGAAUGUACUGAUAUUUUCCAUACCGAGUGUUAAAUUUAUCGAUGGUGUUGAAGUACUUGCGACGGAAAAGGUAAAAUCGGCCAUGUUAUUCGCAUCACCAGUUGAUUUGAUAACUGCCUGUAAAGUAGCAAAAUUAACAUUAUUGGAACACUUAAAUAUCAACAAGAUGGAUGCUCAUGUUGAACCUUACGAUGAGAUCAGUCCUCCUCUCGUAAUACUUACAGGACCAUCGGCGAUGAAGAAAGUGGCAUUGGCUUUGCAUGUGGCUCGUACAAUUUCUGACAAAGUAAAAUACUGCCGUUGGCAUACUACAAAAGAAAUGUACGAAGACGAUGACGAGCGUAACGCUUAUAUUCUCGUAAGCAGGGAAGAGUUUAAUGAAAUGACGCGAUCUGGUGAAUUUUUAGUAAUUUUAGACAUGUUGGGUCAUAGUUAUGGAUUUCAUACAAAUCAAAUCAGUCCAUUGAUAUCCGAGAACAAAAUUGGGCUUACCCAGAUGAAUCUACAUGCAGCUACGGAAAUUUCUAAACGAUAUUCAAAUGUGAGGACAAUAUUGAUGUACACACAGAGUGUAGAUCUUCAUCGAGAUUGGAUAAGAGAAAAAUUUGAUGUCCACACAUGGAUUAAGGACAGUAUGGAAAAUUUGUUAGUUGUCAAAAUGGGCAAGCAUCGGGAAGAUGAAGAAAAAGAAACCGCAAGUGGUAUAUUAGAUUUUAUCAAGGAAAUUCUAGAUGAGAUACUGUGUCAUUUCUCAACUGACAGUAUUUAUGUCAGACCACAAAAUGGAGCAACAACCGAUAUAAUAUUGAAAAGUAAAGUAAUGUUACCGAAUGCUGUAGUAAGGAAAGAAAUAAAAGGCACUAAAAUAAAAAAAGUACAAACUAUAGAACACGUGACAAAAUUAUUUGAUCAACCUGGAGAUAAGCAAUGGAAUAGGAUAAAAGAAUUAAAAGUGAUACUGGAUGAAGAAUCGAAUAUCAUUAUCGAUGAUGAAGAAACAAAACGAGAAAUACGUAAAUCAAAAAUAUUUCAACGUCGAAGUACGUUAAUAAUGGGCACUUUUACCGAUUUGUAUGAUGAUGAUGAUGAUGAUCUUAGCGAGACAACAUCUUCUAAUGAAACGACAGAGACAGAUGAAGAGGAAAUGUCGCAGGAGGAAAAAGCAGCAGAAUUAAAAAAUACGUACGUUGAACUUGUUAUAAAAAGUAGAAACUUGUACUUGGACUAUCAUGAAAAUCAUCCUGGGUUCUUUGCUUUCGUGUUACUUAUGGAUGAUUAUACAGAAGCCUUUAACAUGCUUAUUAACUUCAUUCACGAGACAUGCACAAGUCGAUCUUAUAGGAAAUCAAUUUUUUUCUCGGAAAUGAAGCACUUUAGACAAACGGCAAUUUCUGCCACGCUUGAAAAUAUUGUUAAUGGAAUCAGAAAGAAUUUAUCAAUAUUAAAAUUUUAAAAAAGAAGGAAACAAUAUUGAAGAAUCACACAUUUAAAUUUAGGCUGUAUUCUAUACCCAAGAUUUAAAAGGAUACGUUUUUGAAUGCAUUACAGAACUAGGCAAACAUUUAAAGAGUGAGGUAUAACGUAGAGCUAAGUAGAGAGUAUGGCUACUAUCCAUACAUACAGUGAUGCAAACUCGAGCCGGGUAGCACCAGGGCACUGUGGUAGGGGAAGCAUGCACACAAGCGAGAACCGCUACGUCACACGUACGUGUGCGCACAACCGCGCGGCCCGAGUGCUCACACACGUGUACAGAACGUUUCCGCAAGGAUGGCUGAACCGCAUAGCCAUUUGGGCUUAGCAAACCCACGGACCUUAGCUCAUAUUUCUAAAAAACCGCUUUUUCUAUUGCGCAAGCGCGUACCGACUCGUAUUGCCGUAAGCGAAGUCUCCCGAAGCCAAUAACUAUCAACUAAUUAGUGUACGGAACGUUGAAGCGAACGGAUCACGACUUGGCAAGACAAUUGAAAUAAUAUUACAACCUUGAUAACUAUCGGUUGGAUGAAGAAGUUAUCUGGUCUUGUUAAGUUUAGAAGAAAAUAGUUCAACAAAUUCUUAAUAUGGAUACCGUAUAUCACAUCAUUUUCCUCAACGCGCUUUGCAUUACUGCGAUAGAAUAUGCCUUGAAUCGUUCUAUGAUACAUUCUAUACGGGAAGAAUUAACUAUCAAUAUAUGGCAAGACUUGGCUAAAGCUUCUGAAAUUUAUUUUUACGGGAUGCGUUGUACUCGUAACUGCCAUUUUGACUGUAAUGAUUAUAAACUUGUUCCUGACGCCUACAACAAAAUCACACGGCAAGGCUUUGAUUGAUACUCGACAACGUGAUACAAUGCACGGAAAAAGAUGAAUACGCCUAUCACGAGAUGAUAUCGUAUUUGCCGCUUUGCAGUCAUCCGAAUCCUAAGGACGUUUUGAUAAUUGGAGGUGGCGAUGGUGAAGCUGCUCGAGAAGUCGCAAAACAUCCGGAUGUGAAGCGUGUCACGUUUGUGGACAUUGAACAGAGUAAUUGAAAUAUGUAAGGACUAUUUGCCUCGUUUGAGCUUGGGUCCUAACAAUCCUAAAGUAAGCAUUCACGCUUGUGACGGCUUGCAAUACCUGAAGGAUCACCACGGAAAAUUCACGGAAAAUUUAUGUGAAGUGAUUUGCCUGUUUGCAUCCGGCGGUACUCGCGUUUGCGCUUGCGGAAUGGAAUAUAAGAAAGUUAGCGAUACCAAAUGCGAACCAUACAAGACCUUUGCGGUGGUAACUCAGCUGGACGUUGCCAGAAGUUACAGUCUCAAGAACUCCAAGGAAGCCAAGGUACCCAUUGCCGGAAUUGGCCAUCACAUUCUCCAUGUGGACGUGCAUUACGCGGGCAAUUGGAUAUAUUGGGUGGAAUUCAACCGAGGCAUCUGGAACGGUAUCUUUAGAAUACGAUCCAACGGCACAGAACUGCAGCAAGUAGGCAGUCAAACAGGGAAUUGGCUCCAAUGGAAUUCCAAUGGAAACUUGUAUUUUGCCAAUGUCUUCCCCCAUGACAAUUACGUGGAGGUCUGCCGGUUAAACAGCUCGAACCAAAAAGUGCUCGUGAAGACAACGACGCUCCCUGCGAGUUAGCAGUUAAUCCGAUCAAGCAUACCUGUAUUGGAUCGAUUACGAACAGUAUCCUCGAAUAGGCAAAGCUUUCCUCGACGGCAGCAACUGGUCUCCGAUUGUAACGUCCGGUGUCAGCACAUCGCGCGAUCUCAAUCGAUCUUGCAACACACGACAUUUAUUGAGUGGACUCAAAGUUGGAUACCAUUCAGAAAGUAUCGUACACCGGCGGAAAUUAGGAAAUUAUCCGUAGAAAUCUGCCAAAUCCAAUGAACGUCAUCAUUUUUGGCGGAGAUGUCUACUGGGUGGAUCGCAAUCUGGCCACCGUCUUUAAGGCGAAUAAGCUCAGCGGCAAUACCAGUCUUCUCAUUCCCGUCCGAACGAAUCUGCAAAAACUCAGAGACAUCGUUAUUUUCGAUCAAAGAAACCAACCAGCA